AUGAGACUCUACAGUUUGUCAGCCUUUAAGCUGGUCUUCAUUCUUCUGCUUGGUAUGGUCUGCCUGUCUCUGAUGGCACACCAUUACCUAUCCAAUAUGGCUAACUUUGACACCCAGCCUCCAUCACAUAAAACACGCAGGAUAGAUAGCUAUGCUGAUGACCCUGACCCAAACUCUCGGUCAUUAUCAGCAUACCAGCAUGAGAUAGAAGAACUCCGGCACAUCAAAGCAUCUGUUAACAAUGAGCUCAGGGAUCUGGAAAAUCGCAGGCUCAAACUUCAAUCAGAUAUCAAUGCCUACUCCAUGAACAUUGACAGCCUUAAAGGUCAGCAUGUCAGCUUGAACAAAGAGGUGAAUCAAAUCAAGCUGGCCCUGGAGCAGUUGAAAUUUGAGCAGCAAGAGUCGAAGUCAUUUAUUCCAAACAUAAAGGCUCCUCACAGGAUACUGUUGGAUGUUGACGUCAAUGAGCAGGUCUCCAUGCCCUCAUCAUCACAGCAGUGUUACAUGGAGAACUGUUUUGAUUUCUCCAGGUGUUCUCUGGUGUCUGGUUUCCCAUUUUAUUUUUACAACUUAAAAAACUCCCUAGCAGGAGAGGACCUUAUUCCUUUCUUGCGGAAGUAUGUAAGGGAGAAUGUAUAUGCGACAGAUAGUGCUGCUGCAGCCUGCAUUUUCAUUCUCAUUGUUGGAGAUACCGCAGAUGACGCAUCGCUUGACCCUAAGGAGAUUGAGAGUUUUCUUCACAGGCUGCCUUAUUGGAAUGGAGAUGGACGUAACCAUAUUUUAAUUAAUUUGGCACUCAAAAUGAAAUCUUCAGAUAUUUUCAGCAAUAUUAAUCUGGGGAGAGCUAUAGUGGCUCAGUCUGCAUUUUUAGGAUCCAAAUUUAGAAAUUCAUUUGAUGUUUUAAUACCCCCAAACCUUGGGCCAUACAACAAUCAAAAUAUCUGGCAGGAUCUACCACGUUUAUCUCCUGUCCGAAGAAAGUACAUGCUGUCUUAUUGGGGUCAGUUUAUUCCUCCUGGCUCUGAUAACUUAUCUGCUAAUAAUGCAGAUGCUAUGGAGGUUAAAGGUUAUGUCAAUAAUAUGUUCAUUCAUCGCAAGCCAUUGUAUGUUGUGGACACCUCCACCUCUGUUUACUCUCAUAUUGAGCAGGCCAUAAUCUCUUCCUUAAAGAGCUUCCAGUCCAGUCUUGUUAGCAACUAUUUUGUGGAUGUUAGCUGUGGUGAGCAUGGAGUUGCUGUAGGGGGCCCAGGUGAUUGGGCUUUAUGUGGCACUGAGGCUGUCCGUAAGGAAAAGAUAAUUCAGUCCACCUUCACGUUAAUUAUUUCACCCUUGAACAAUGCACUUUAUUCUACUUUAGCAUUCCAGUCUCGUGUCUAUGAAGCACUUAAACAUGGCUCUGUGCCAGUCAUGCUGGGCUCACUUGGGCAGUUACCCUUCUCUGAAGUCUUGCGCUGGGACCUUGCUGCUAUUGUGCUGCCUAUGCCUCGAGUGACAGAAAUACUUUCUAUUUACAAUCAUUCCCUGAUGAACAAAUAG